AUGUUUGGCAAGCUUUACACAGAGUUCAAAGUGAAAGGUGUCUUUACCGAUCGCACCACAUGGCGUUGGUGCUUCUGGAUCAACCUUCCCAUCGGUGCAGUCACAGCAGUGAUCGUGCUUUUCUGCAUUAAACACCAGACAUCAACUUCAGCAGCCGAAAAGCAAAAAAUAGCCGGUUUUCUCGCUAAACUCGAUUUGCUAGGAACUGGUCUGUUCAUUCCUUUCAUGGUGUCUCUCCUGCUAGCUCUUCAGUGGGGCGGAGCUACUUAUCCAUGGAGCAACUGGCGAGUCAUUUUGUGCCUCUGCCUAUCUGGUAUACUUCUUCCGGCAUGGCUUCUUCUUCAAUACAGCCAGGGUGACAAAGGCACACUUCCACUUCGCAUCGCCUGCCAGCGAUCAGUUUCAGGUGGAACUCUCUUCAUGUUCGGCAUCAAUGGAGCGGUCUUUGUGUUUGAGUACUAUGUCUCGAUUUGGUUUCAGGCAGUUAAGAACCAAACCGCGCAGCAGUCUGGUAUCAACUUUUUGGCAUCAUCUGGUGCUAUGACAAUCGGUGCUGUUCUCUCGGGUAUCGCAGCAUCCAAGAUCGGGUAUUAUGUCCCUCAAAUGAUUCUGUGUACAACUAUCGUGUCUGUUGCCGCGGGUUUGAUAUUCCGGUACACCCUCGACACAUCGACUGAAUAUUGGGUCGGAACUCUGGUUUUGAUCGGAUUCCGAACCGGAAUAGGCAUGCAAAUGCCGCUCACAGCUGUCCAAACAAUUAUGAAAGGCACUGACGUUGCCGCCGCCACGUCCGUUCUAGUCCUUGCCCAAACGCUGAGUGGAGCUAUAUUCCUGGCUGUCGGACAUAAUCUCUUUCAAAAUAGAUUGAUUGAGGUGUUAAACAGCAGCACUAAUAAAGUAGACUCUGACUUAAUCAUCCCAAAUGGUGCAUCUGGAUUGAAGACGGUGGUUACAAAGCGAUAUGGUUCGGUGGCUGCAACAAAGGUGCUUGAAGUAUACAAUGAGGCACUCAAGGAAUGCUUUUUGGUGUGUGUAGUCUUAUCAGCUGUGACUAUUAUUGGUGUGAUGGCUAUGGAGUGGAAAAGCGUAAAGAAAGGCAGUGAGGAUGAAAAGACGGAAUUUAGCGCUUCUGAUAAGUCCGAUUCAGGCUGA